AUUGAUCAGCCAAGGGGAAUUCUUGAGAGACUUGACGCAGGAGAAGUCGUGAUCGGUGAUGGCGGAUUCCUCCAUGCUCUUGAAAGGCGAGGCUAUGUAACAGCUGGUCCAUACACACCUGAAUGUACAGUAGAGCAUCCUGAGGCAGGUGAGUAAAUGUCGAUUGAGGAGUGUGGUCGAGGGAUAGUUUCGUAAAAAGAGGCUCUUAGACGUAUGUAACCCUCGGGGGACAACAUCGUUACCAAUGAGGGUCAUUCUCAGAACGGAAAGGACAAGUGCAAGAAUUACAAGGGAAUAUUGCUCAGUCUCAGUUUAGAUCGAUAUCGAAGUCCCUUGAAUGAAAUUGUUUCCUGAAUAGCGACACACCAAGGGGAAGGUUCUGCUAAAGUUUCGUGGGCGUGGCUAGGAACCCAAAGCAAUUCCCCAAUUUUUUAGUAGGAAGUGGUUAGGGUACGGUAGGGUAGGGUUGGGUUGUGAGAUGUCAUCACGUGGGCACCAGGGUUGUUCCAGUGUUUUUUACCUAAGUGUAAAACCUCGGAUAAUUCUAGAUACUUGUUUUCAUUGAUUAGACCUGAGGCUUGUGAAAAUUCAUUUGAUAGCAAUUGCUGAAAAUCCUUUUAAUGCUGCAAUGCUGUUUUAGUGCGACAACUUCACAGAGAAUUCCUUAGGGCUGGAGCAGACGUCAUGCAAGCGUUCACAUUUAAUGGAACACAAGAAUCCAUCGUCAGCCGCGGAGUGAGGAUUAAGGUAUUCCCUGGAAACAAGUAUUUUCAUUGACACUAGUCAAAGUGGACAAUAACGGAUGAAUAGAAGAAAGGAAACCAGCAAAAUUAGAAUUUCAGCCUCACAGCGUUACUCUUUACAAGCUCACUUUGGAUUAGACUGUUCGCCCUUCCUGUGUUCUUUGCGGUCUAUUCCUCUCGGCUAUGUUACGGUAUUUUCUUCAAUCUAUAAAAUGCAACUGAAAUCAAAAACCCCUACAAGUGAUUAAUUUGAGUUGUUGUUUUCUGAUAUAGGCUGACGACAUCAACCAAGCUGCGUGUAGGAUCGCGCGUGAAGUCGCCAACGAGGGUGACGCCCUGAUGGCGGGAGGAGUGUCUUACACCCAGAGCUAUCGAGAAGGGUGUGGUAAGCAUGCAGUUCAGGAGGAGUACUUAAAACAAGUUGAAGUACUUAUCAAGAAUGAUGUAGAUUUUCUUAUUGGUGAGGUAGGUGUCCAUCAAUGGUCACGUGUGCAUCCAGAUGUAUUAAAUCAAUAACGAAAAAAAAUGAAGCUCAUCCCUUGCGAGUGCUGGUGCGCGCUCUAAGAACCAGAUGAAUUUAGAGGGAAUAGAAUACGAAUGCCACAGUGUGAUAUAUGUCUCGGAGAAUCUUGAUAAUGAUAACGAUACAUUAAUAGAGCUCAUUCUCCAUAUCAAUAUACUCCAAUGCGCUUUACAACACUUUGCGCGGGACUUUGGCCAGACUUCGCAUGCAUUGACUAGUUUGCAGUUUUUGAAAGGAAAUUUUACCGGUUUCCCCAAUGUAUUGAUUUUUUGGAGACAAGGCCAGAAUCAUAGCAGAAUCAAGGAACCCGGAUUCAGAUCUUCUGUACAGACACAAAUAAUAUGUCUUAAGCCUCAGCAAAAGUUUAAAUCGAAUCUGAUCAAUUUACUUAAGAUCAUUACUUUAUUUAGUAGCUUCCAUCUGUGACUUUUCAGUAUCUGAUGAACAUUGAUGAAGCUGAAUGGGCGACAGAAACUUUGAAAUCUACCGGCAAACCUGUCGCCGUUACAAUGCCCAUUAGCCUCCAGGGGGACGUUCUAGGGAAAGUUAACCCUGGGGAAGCAGCUGUCAGGCUUGCUAAAAUGGGUAAGGUUGGUAUGCAUGGAUCAUCCAUCCAUUCAUCAGUCAGUCAGUCGCAGUCAGUUAGUCAGACAAUUAGACAGUCGGUCAGUCAGUCAGUCAGACAGUCAGUUGGUCAGACAGUCAUUUAGUGAGACAGUCAGUUAGGUAGUCUGUUUGUCAGUCAUUGGGAGAGCCAUGGCCAGAUAAUAGGAAGUGUGGCAGUCAGUAAGUCAGUCACUCUGUCGCCGGUCAUUCAUCCGGUCACUUUCUUGGUCGGUCGGUCGGUCGGUCGGUCGGUCGGUCAAUCAAUCAGUUAGGCAAGCAACUAAUGAGUCAUUUAUCAACUCUGAAUGCCCUAACUACCUCAACUUAAUUCUUGUCUUUAAAAUUUUGUCUUUAAGGCGCUGAUAUUAUUGGCGUAAACUGUCUUUUUGAUCCGGACAGCUGCUUGCAAACUGUGCAAAUGAUGAAAGAUGCUUUGAACGCCUCAGGAUUGCUUCGUCCGCUUAUGGUCCAGCCUGUAGCUUAUAAAACCACGGAUGCUGACAGAAGAGGAAUUCUCUCGUUACCAGAGAGUCCUUUCGGUAAGAAGAAAUUCUAAUAAGGUGUUUGAACGCUGACAAUAUUUACCAUGACUUGUCACGGUGAUCUUGACCAGUUUUUCAUUUGCUUUCACAGUGAACAUGGUUUCAAUGCAUCCUACCCAUUUGGACAAUUUGUGUAAUAUUUGCUUUCAGAGAUGUAAAUCAUUCUUACCCGUCGUUUUCUCCCUGGCUUGUUGCGGACGACAUUGAAACUUUUACUCUCAAAUGAAACUUAAUGGGUUUUUUUUUGUUAUUUCUGUGCAGCAAUGGAAAGUCGUGUGAUGACGAGAUGGGACAUGCAGAAGUACGCACGCGCAGCUUACGACAUAGGCAUUCGUUAUAUUGGUGGAUGCUGUGGUUUUGAGCCAUACCACAUCCGGGCGCUUGCAGAAGAGGUACGAUUAGAUGCUACGUAUUGUACCACGUUGAGUUCGUUUUGGACACGAAAAACUCAUUGCAAGAUAGUGUUGCCAUUUUAGUACUUCAGCACAAUAUGACAUACAAAAUAACCGGAUAGCGCUUUAUUUGAGGUGCGUUUAAUAUCUUGGUAUGAGAAAUAGCUAAAACAUGAUAUCUUGAGCUGCUACAUUGGGAAGUCAACGUUACAACGUUUUCUGCUGCUAAUUUAGUAGCUUUUCUCUCGGUCUCGACGUAAAAGGCAUCAGAUUUCCCCACAAAAGCAAACACAGUUCAAUAAGGCAUGAGCAAACAUUACAAGAAACGUAUUUUAAGUUAUAUAUAUUAUAGCUGUCAAAUGAACGAGGAAAGCUUCCACCAGCAAGUUCGAAGCACGGAUUUUGGGGAGAAGCGUUAAAGUAUUCUUCCAGAGCCUCCCAUAAGUAAGUAUAGUCUUAUUCCUUUAUUUCCACUAAACAAUUUAUUUUUAAGAAAGAUGUUUUUUCGUCUUGUCACGAGCGUGUGACAAGGAAAAAAUUCUGAGGCCCCAUGAGGAAUCGAACCUCAGACCUUCGGAUUUGCGCUCUGAUGCUCUUGUUUGUUUGUUUUGUUUUGUUUAUUUUUUUUUUCGUGGAGACGAGAAAGAGAGGGCAGGCAGUUUGACGACCGGGCUGACAAACGACAGCCCCUUUAAUUAAGGAGCGAACGGAGUUAAUUGUAUGAUUACACUGUCAUUUCUUUCUCUGACAGAAUUGGAAGGCAAUACUGGGAAAAUCUUAAACCAGCCUCGGGACGACCUGACUGCCCGGCAAUGUCCGGACCUUUAUCCAACAAUCAGAGGGUUUGA